AUGGAGAAGCCGGAGCAAUGCGCACCUCGGGGCUCUAGCUAUUGUGUUGGCUGCCGCAACUGGGUAAGGAUCUGCGUGUCGACAGGCUUGAUUGGCAGACGAGACCUAGGCAUUGAGACCCUGCCAGACCCUGCCAAACCCUGCCAAAAGGGCUCCACCGCGCCCCAUACCUCGCCUGACCCAGACGAGUCUAGACCGCGAGACGGCCACAGAAAAUACAGACCCGGCAGCGGUCCCACACGGUCUCAACCUUCCACGCACCACCACCCGUACUUCUCGCCAUGGUCUCGCGCCCAUCCAGACGACAAUAACACCACCGCCUUCGUUGGAAUCGCUUCGCCUUCCACUUCAACAUCCAUGGCGGCGAUCUCCAACAGCGGUCGGCGGUUGCGCUUCGUCCCCAAGGCAGAUGCCGCUGUCCUGUCGGCCAAAAAUGCGCCUCCCCCGCCCAAGCGUCCCGAGACCUUUGUCAUCUUCGACCGGGACAACCUCGACAAGCCCCUUGCGCCGUGGUCCGACGGCCAAGCAGAGUCUCUGUAUCCCCCCAAGGCAGAUGACCAUGCGCCCGCCUCGAUCCCCGAGAGGCCCACGCAGUGCCUCGCCGACAAGUAUCUGCGUGCCUUUCUCUCCAAGCACGAACGGCUGCGCCUCUCAAUGCUCUGGUAUUACACUCGCGACAUCUUCGACGAGGGCGAGUUCCUCUGCGGGCUCCGCGAGAAGGUCUUGCUGGCCCAGGAAGCGACUGGCUGGGAAUAUGUUGUCCUCGGCCUUCUUGAUGUCAAUGUCUACAUCCGCCUGGCCACGAUUGGUCUUCCCCUAAGCAUCCUCCCGCGAGGUGAAACCAUAUGCGCACACACUGUGACUCAGCCUCCUAGUAGCGUCUUUCUAUUGCCAGACAUGAUGGAGGACUGGAGAUUCCGGGAGUCGCCUUAUGUUGAAUCGGGCGGUCUUGUCGCGUACGCUGGUGUGCCGCUUCGCUUGCAUCACGAAUCUGGCGACGCCGUUGGCCUCGGGUCGCUUUGUGUAGCCUCGGCCACCGCGCAACCUCCUUUGACCAAGUCGCAGCAGGGCACGCUCGCGCACCUGGCCGAUUGGGUCGUGUCCAGCAUCAUACACUGCGCGCGCGCAAGACGCCAGCGAGAGCGGCAUCGGAUGACCGAACGACUCGCUCAGGCACAGGCACAGACAGAUGGAGCCACCCCGGAGGAGCCUAUCCUCAGGAUACUCCGGGAUACGUAUCCAGACGCAGUAAUCGGCCUCCAGUCAUCCAAGGCCGCUAAGAUCGAAGUUGACGGACGAGACCCGAUUUCACCGUCAGACCUUGAAGAUGGUUUGUGGGAAGACAUUGACUACCUUGACGAGUUUAUUGAGAACUCGAACCAUCUGGAGUUCCCUUGUAAUCGGGUUGUACGCAUCAUCGCUGCCCCGUGCGACAGUAUUUCGGGUCAAUCCCUACUCGUCGUGGGGUCUAAAGAUAUGCGGCUGGUAUUUGAUGAUAUCGAUUCCUGGUUUGUUCAGACUUGUGCGGUUAUGCUCUCGCAGACGUGGCAAAAGCGCCUUCUAGCAGAAGCUUUGGUGGCAAAGGAGAAGUUCCUUCGAGGGUUCUCGCAUCAGCUCCGAACCCCGAUUCAUGGCAUCCUGGGGUCUGCAGAACUCCUGGCCGAGGAGUUAAAGCAAACCAACUUGCGCGAAACCGCCGACCAGGUCUCGAAAAUGCUGGAAGCGGCGCCUGCAGCCAUGUCUGGCCAGCCCUCCAUCUACCUCGACACUAUCAAAAUGGCGGGGCGAGACCUGAUUUCAAUCGUCAACAGCAUGAUUACUCUGAACAGGUGGUCUGACGUUGCCAUGAAGGACCGUCACUAUGAUGUUCACACCAUCGACCAACUCGAGACUGAAUUGGCAAAUGAGAUGCUAGCGGCGAUUUCGGGCGACACACGUUACAAAGCUUCCGUUUUCUUCAAGCAUCACGUACCUGCCGAUUAUGAUAAUCUUCGGGUUGAUCUGAGUCUACUCCGGGACAGUGUACUCCCACUUAUUCUCAAUGCCAUUCAUAACACCUCAGAGGGUGUUGUAGUGGUGACCACAUCACUACGACCAGACCGCAAGGAGCUUGUCGUCGACGUUGAGGACACUGGCUGUGGAAUCCACCCGGAUGAUCAACAACGCAUAUUUGAACCCUACGAAAAGGUUGGCAGCCACUCCACGGGUGCCGGCCUCGGCCUCACUCUCGCGUCCAAAUUCGCAGCACUACUUCACGGCUCUGUUACUCUAGUGUCAUCCGGGAUUGGACAAGGCUCCCAUUUCAGAGCCGAGUUCCGGGAAGUGCAUAGCGUGUCCUCGCCUGUUACAUCACAGCAGUCAGCCUCGAAACUCAAGAAUCUCCCCUCAAGAUUCCACUACAAAGCCCCUGGUCUCGAGAACCCCUCUCUAUACACACAUUUCAGCGGAUAUCUUACUGAACAAGGCUUUGCACCAUCGGACGGCACAGAGGACUGCUUUACCAUUCUGGAUUUCGUCCCUGCCCUGGAACAGCGCCGGGCGUACUUUUCACAGAUCCCACCAGAACAAGUUGCCUUCUGUCUAAUUCCAGUCAUGGAAGCCGAGUUUCCACUAGACGGAACUCCUAGUAACAUAGUCUACGUUCGUGGACCUUUCUUGACCUCGACCAUAAGUUCUGCACUUGAAGAAGCAGAUGGGCUCGUUGUAAAGAUCAAACCGUCGCUAACACACCCAAUUCAACGCGAUGAGCCCUCACUUACCCCUGCGGCCAUGGAUGCUAGGCUGAGUAAAGAUAAAGGAAUCGGAUCGCUGGUCAACUUGUCUCAUGACAUGGCUCAAUCGAUCAAAAUCAUCCCAGUUAGCCCAAGCUUGGCCAUCGGCACUUCUCCUGCAACAAAUACUCCGCAAGACUCGGGGAUUCCGGUUCCAAUCGUUGCGACACUCAGAAGUACACCUAGACCCACGGCGCUUCUUGUCGAUGACAACACGGUCAACCUCCGCAUUAUGCAGAUGUAUUGCAAGAAGCGAGGACUACCGUUCCUAUGCGCUACUGACGGUGCGCAAGCCGUAGAGUUGUUCUCCAAGCAUCAGUCUUCUUCAGCCGCCGGGCAAAAUGCUCCAAUCGAGUUGAUCUUGAUGGACCUUCAGAUGCCAGUCUGCGAUGGCAUUGAUGCCACCAAGCAGAUACGAAUACUGGAGGACCAGAACAAGUGGGAUAGAAGUGUCAUCGCCAUCGUGACUGGCCAAGACAGCCCAUCAGACAGGCUGGACGCCGAGGGCGCUGGCGCCGAUGACUUCUAUGUCAAGCCUGUCAGCAUCAAGUUAUUGGAUCGCGCCGUGCAACGAUAUUUCCCAUCCUUCGUACCUCCCUAG